GGGUGGAGUUAUCAACAGCCAUCAGUGUACCACCAGGAAUCUUAGCUUUGCUGUUUCUGAAUGUUUUUGGAAGAUGGUGAGAGACACUGUAGAACAGCAGGCAGAUGCUUUCAAAGCUACCCGUUUUAACCUGGAAACAGAGUGGAAGAAUAAUUUCCCCAGGACACGAGAACUUGACCGGGAUGAACUCUUUGAGAAAGCCCGAGGAGAAAUCUUAGAUGAAGUAGUGAACUUGUCCCAGGUGUCUCCCAAGCAGUGGGAGGAUGCUUUGUCUAAAAAGAUGUGGGACAAGAUGGUAACCCACAUAUUUGAAAACAUAUAUUUACCAGCUGCACAAACAGAAAAUUCUGGUACAUUUAACACUACAGCAGAUAUUAAGCUCAAGCAGUGGGCUGAUGGUAUGCUUCCCAAGAAAUGUGUUGAAGUUGGUUGGGAAACACUGGAAGAUGAGUUCAGAAAGUUCAUGGAGAGAGCCAAAAAUUCAAAGGACCAUGAUGACAUUUUUGACAGCCUGAAAGCCUGUGUUGUAGAUGAGGCAAUGAGGCGCCAUGAGUGGGAAGAUAAGGCUGCAGAUGUGUUGAGUAUCCAGCUAAAUGCCCUGGAGGAUAGGUCGGUCCAUGACAAGCAACAGUGGGACGCAGCUUUGCAAAUUCUUGGAGAAUCGGUUAAAGAUAAGCUUCACACCACUGAGUCUACCCUGAGAUGGUUGGACCAGCACCAAAGAGCAGUGGAUGUAUUGUCAUACCCAACAGAAGAGCAGAAAAGGAGAGCAGCAGUCAAAUCAGAGCUUGAAAAUAUCCUGAAGUCUGACUAUAAACACAAAAAUACCCUUACAUAUGAUGAAGUAACCCAAGUCCGCAAGAAUGCACAAGCCCAAGGAGUUGACGUAGACAACGAAUUUAUCCGUGAAACGUGGCAUCCUGUGUACCGAAGACACUUCCUCAGACGUGCCCUAGCAAAGGCAUAUGACUGCAGGAAAGCCUUUUAUGCUUACCAUCAAGGGCUUGAGGGAGAAUUAGGGGUGGAGUGUAAUGAUGUAGUACUCUUCUGGCGGAUUCAGCAAAUGAUUAGAAUAACAGCAAACGCUCUUAGACAGCAAGUUAUGAAUCGUGAAGCACGGAGACUAGAAAAAGAAAUCAAAGAAGUUUUGGAAGAAUAUGGUUGCGACCGUGACAAGAAAGAACACUUGUUGACUGGACGUCGAGUUAUGUUAGCAGAAGAACUCAAACGAGUUAGACAGAUCCAAGAAAAACUAGAAGAGUUCAUCUAUGCACUAAAUGCAGAGAAAUAAUGCAGGAGAAGAAAGAUUCCUU